AAGAUUCAAAUAAAAGUGAGGGGAAGACUUUUGAAGAGAGAAUAAUUGAGAUGAGAAGCUGGUCGGUAGACUAGGCUAGUGCAAUAGUGAUGGAUGAUAGAUCCCAACUUGUCUUCUUUUUUUCUGCUCUUCCUUUCUUCUUCACAUAAAACUUUCAACACUUGUAACACCGUUUAGCCUCGCACACAUAAUUCUUCAGCUCCGAAAUUCUCUCCUGUUUUCAUCAACUUCAGCUCCGAAAUGAUGUCCCCUGAUGGCCUUUCUUCAUCUGUAGAGUUCGUUCGAGAACCGAAGCCGAAUUCAAACCCUAACGGCCCUACUUCCAAACCAUCUGGUAAACGAAAGAGAAAUCUCGCAGGCACACCAGAUCCGGAUGCAGAAGUGAUAGCACUGUCACCCAAGUCUCUAACGGCGACUAAUCGGUUUAUGUGUGAGAUAUGCAACAAGGGUUUCCAGAGAGACCAGAACUUGCAGCUGCACAGAAGAGGCCACAAUCUUCCGUGGAAACUGAAGCAAAGAGCAAACAAAGAGUUGAAGAAGAAAGUGUACUUGUGUCCCGAGGAGAGCUGUGUUCAUCACGAUCCUUCGAGAGCCUUGGGAGACCUCACCGGGAUCAAGAAGCAUUUCUUCAGAAAACACGGAGAGAAGAAAUGGAAGUGCGACAAGUGCUCCAAGAAGUAUGCUGUUCAGUCGGAUUGGAAGGCCCAUAGUAAGAUAUGUGGGACUCGAGAGUAUAAAUGCCAGUGUGGAACACUAUUUUGCAGGAAGGACAGCUUUAUCACUCACAGGGCUUUCUGUGAUGCAUUAACAGAUGAAAGUUCAAAAUUCAACACACCAGCUCCACCACCCACUUUAAACUUUAGUAAUGAACUAAUCAACAGCUCCUUGCAACUGAAUGCUCCUCAAACCCCCGGAGACAUGACCCCAUUAUUCCCCGCAAUGUUGGGACAGGAUGAUCUCGCCACUUUUGAUCAGUUAAAUGGUUCUACCGCCUUGUCAGAAAUCAUUCAAUCCUCAAACACUAAAGCAAGACCACUCAAGGCAGAAGAAUUAGAAAGCAGCAAUAUCAAGAGCCUGACGAAUUCGAUGUAUUACAACAAGGAAACAAGCAAAUCGCACCUGUCAGCCACAGCAUUGCUGCAAAAAGCAACAACCAUGGGAUCUACAAGGAGCCAUUCGGCUGGGAUGUUCGCCAACGGCCUCGUUUUCAUGAACUCCAACACCUUGGAUGAAUUACUAGAUUCCGAUAAUCAAAUGAUGGAUAUCACAGAAAGUAACCACAAUAUUGAGAGUGAUCUGCAUGGGAAAUUACUGAGUUGUGACAAAGGAAACAUGACCCGAGACUUUCUCGGAGUCGGAGGUAGUAAUAAUAAUGGAAGUUAUAAUAAGUAUAGUAGGGUUUUAUUACAGCAAGAGGUUGGUAAGUUGGGUUCGGACAUGGACACGAGGCAGUACAGUGUUACUGGUACGAAUGGAGAAGAAUGAAUGAAUGAAUUGCAAGUGAAUAAUGGAGGGAUGAGGAAAUAGAAGAUGAAACUGUGAUCAUGACUACUACACAAGAGGAAAGAGAAGAGGUUGAAAUGAAAUGUGAGGAAAGGAGAGGGACCAUGAGGCUGCUGCAUGUCGGAAACAAGAAGAGACUUGACAGCAGCAAGGAACAUGCCAAUCACAAGCUCAGGAAAUAAUAUAAAGGGAUAGAUAGGGCCAUCUAUCUUACUCUAUUCUUACUUCGCGCUACAUUCAUGUUUAUAUAUAUUUAUUUUUAUCUUCUUGGAAGAUAAUUUAUGCA